AUGGUUUCUUAUGUACCGCUGGUCGCGAUCGUGAUUGUGAUCACGAUCGUUGGAGACUCUACAGCCAGGGAACUUCGGCCGUCCUACCACGGGCUGGACUACCAGAACACGCCGCCUGCGGGGGAGAAACUGCCGCCGGAAAUGAAGGAAUUCUUUGGAGCUCAAUCGUCGCCAACUUCAAAAUCAUCCAAUGUUGCAUUGCCGAAAGCAAUGAAUUCUAACGACACGACGUGGUGGAGAGAUGUUACCGGUGGAAAUGACGGUAGUAAAGGUAGAGAUCGGUUGAGCCACGUACUGUUGGUGGCGAGCCUCGCGUGUGGGAUCACUGGUGCGGCGCUGCUAGUGGCUUCCGCUUUCAUUUAUUUUGUCAAGUACAAAAGGCAAACGACAUCGUCCUCAGCUAAUAGUAAAUCUGAUCACCAGUAG